CCAUGUGACAGAUUCAUCACAUGAUUAGACCCGUCAGUGUCGUCAAUUUCAACAUGGCGACCAGCAGCUAUAGCGACCAUGAAUACACAGUCAAGGCCGUGUUGAUCGGAGACUUAGGUGUAGGCAAAAGCACAUUUCUCCACACGUUCAUGGAAGGUAAAUUUACACGUGUAGAGACAUCCAGUGAUACACUAGGAUUCAAGCAGAAAACCAUUAUCCACAGUGACAAGAACGUUCGAUUGCAGAUGUGGGAUACAGCGGGACAAGAAAAAUACCGCAGUCUCACAGCAUCAUACUACAGAGGAGCUAACGGAUGUAUAAUCAUGUUUGACGUUACCAACGAAGAAACCUUCGACCACGUUCACAGAUGGUUUGAAGACAUGAGGGAAUAUGCUUCGCACAAGGAAAUCGCUGUUGUACUUGUGGGCACGAAGUGUCACGAACAUGACCGAGAAGUGACGAUAGACAGAGCCAGCAGUUUCGCGGAGGAACACAAUAUUCCCUAUAUAGAAGUCAGCGCUGAGAGAGACAUCAACAGCGUGAAUAGUGUAUUUGAAACGCUGGUGGAAAAAGUACUAGAAAACAUUUCCCGAAACUCCACAAUGUCCCAGUCUUCUGAUCAAUCUGAAGUCAGUAAGUUGUCGCGAAACCAGAAGAAGAAAAAGUCCUGGUGCUCUUGUUGAAGGCGUUCUUAAUUGAUAGCUCCGUGAAGACGCAAUUGAUAACUUGAAGAAUGGACGCCUGACAAAAUCCAUUAACGGCUUUAUCAGUUAUUGAUGAACUUACCAAGCUAAGGGGAGUCCUUUACGCCUUGUCCACUGUUGUAGGUGCAGUUGUAGCUGUAGCUAUAGCUGUUAAUAUUAUCAGGACACGUUUUCUCAUGCCGCAGUGUUGGAAACAAUACGCAGUGACAUGGGGAACCGGGCAAUAUUGUCCAAAUGGCAUUGAAUACGGGGAAAUGCGGUUCACAUGGAAAUGAGGGUGUGUAUAGGAAAA